AUGUCGAAGUUCGUGCACAAAGUCAAGGAAGCCAUGACUGAUCAUGACAGGGAUCCAGCUAGAGCCGGCGGCUCCCAAGCUCCUCAUGAUACCUUCGGAUCUUCUAAUCCCCCCACUACAGAAUACGAUCCGAACGAGUACAACUCUUCUGGUAUGAAUCCAUCUUCUGGUAUGGGCUCUAACAAUCCUUACGGCUCUGAUACCCGCUUUGGCAAUGAGCCUGGUACCUAUCGCGACUCUGGGAUGGGCAAUCGAGGUGGCCGUUCCGACCCCGACACCUAUGGAUCGGCGGCAACGGGCGGAGAUGAUUCAACCAGCGCUACUCAACCUGGCUCAAGCGACAUAAAUGCCGGUCCUCAUGAUUCAAAGUUGGCGAAUAAGAUGGAUCCUCGUGUCGAUAGUGAUUUGGACAAUCGUGCUCAAUUCGCUGGAGGUAGCAACCGUCAACGUUCUAGCAACGUCCAGGGCAACACAGCCCAAGAACAGCCUCGCACAUCUGGUGUAGACAAUCAUCUAUCCACCGAAGAUGAUUAUAACAAAUCCACACAGGAAACAAAAUCUCAGUCCCAACCUGCCGGCAACUACGACCCUAGGGGUCAACAGACCAGCGAGGAAAGCCACAAAACCGCUACGCAGGAGCACAAAUCCCACUCCGCUACUACCCACAUGAUGCCCUGCCAGACGGAUUUGCAAAACGAGCUAGGCACUGAUAAUCUUGCGGCUGGGCAGGGGUUCGGCGGUAAUGCAGCUGGUGGUAGUAGCACCUCAGGCGCUUCAGAGCCAACUGGUGCUCAAACCGCUGACCCCUUGAACAAAAUUGAUCCUCGAGUUACCCGAUCGAAUCAGCAAUCCAAUGUCGCUAAUCAGCGGGGUGGAUACUAA